GGAGGUGGGGGCGGGGCCCGGCUCGCCGUACAGGCCCCGCCCCGAGUUCCGGCUCUAAGCACCGCGGGAGAGUCCGAUUGGCGGAGGAUGGCGCAGGAGGAGGGCGGGAGCCUGUCCGAAGUGCGGGCCCGGGUGGGGGCAUCACAUGGCAUCACCGACCUGGGCCACAAGCUGCACUUCUAUGACCGCUGGGCUCCAGACUAUGACCAGGAUGUGGCCGCCCUGCAAUACCGCGCCCCCCGCCUCGCAGUAGACUGCCUUACCCAAGCCCUUCCGGGCCCACCCCAUGCUGCCCUGAUCCUGGAUGUGGCCUGUGGCACCGGCCUGGUGGCUGCUGAGCUGCAGGCUCGGGGCUUCCUCCAGCUGCAUGGGGUGGAUGGGAGCCCAGGGAUGCUGGAACGGGCCCGAGCCCGUGGCCUCUACCAGAAUCUCAGCCUCUGCGUCCUGGGCCAGGAGCCUCUGCCCAGUUCUGAAGGGACCUUCGAUGCAGUACUGAUGGUGGGUGCCCUCAGCGAUGGCCAGGUGCCCUGCAGUGCGAUACCUGAGCUUCUGCGAGUUACCAAGCCAGGGGGGCUGGUGUGUCUGACCACCCGGACCAACCCAUCCAACCUUCACUACAAGGAGGCCCUGGAGGCUACCCUGGACAGGCUGGAGCAGGCCGGGGCGUGGGAACGCCUAGUGGCCUGGCCGUGGACCAGUGGGAACUGGCCACAUCCGAGCUUGAGGUGGUGCCCAGAACUUCUGACAGCGAUGGCUUCAUCUCUGGCAUCGUCUACCUGUACCGAAAGCAGGAGGGGGCCCAGGUGGAGGGAGUGAGGCCCAGUCCUCAGCCCCCAGCUGGCCUCUGACCCUCUCAUCCAGGUCUCCUCCAGGCCCGUCCUUGGGCCUCCUCUGCUUCAUCUGUAAAAUGGGGCCCCUGAGCCAACCUUGCCCAUUAAAUGAGUCCCAGGAGGGGUAGCAGGA